AUGCGCUCGGUUGCACUUGCUCUUGCGUACCUUGCCACUGGCAUCCACGCCCUCCCAAGACCGGCAGUGAGCUACGCAGUGGUCAACGUAGAUGGUGGUUCUGCACCUACGAGCACUGAGGCAGCCCAAACGACAGUAAUCUCUACUGUUGUCGAGUCAGAGGCGCCUACGACCGUCUCAGAGAUUGUAUACAAGACUGUGACCGAUUCAUCGGCUACAGCAACCACUGUUUCUGUCAAGACCGUCACAGAGACACCAAGUGCCGUUUCCACACCGGCCAGCAGCCUUCACUCUGCUGCUUCCUCGACACCAGCACAAGCUUCAGAAACCCCUUCAACGCCAUCAUCGCCAGCACCGUCCUCAUCUUCACCAUCAUCAUCAGCAUCGUCAUCUUCGCCAUCACCAUCGACAUCAUCAACGAGCACAACAUCGCUCUCGUCGGCGCCAUCGUUGGCUACAUCAUCUGCCGACUCGUCCUCGACAGAUGCACCACUGUCAUCUUCGCAAUCAUCUACAUCCCACACAGUCAAAAGCAGCACGUUCACAGGUGCCGCAUCCUCGACGCGCAGCAGCACAACAACAACGCCAUCAGUAUCGAUCAACUCGAUCGUAUACGAGGUGACUGGUGGAGCACUUACCACAGACUAUGUGACAGUCACACUUUCUGGCAGCGCCCAACCCACAAGCUCAACGACCAGUUCGAAGUCAUCUACGUCGGCUGUUUCGGCAGCUUCGACAAUCAUUGUGGUGCAGACCCAGACUGUGGUUCCGGCACCAGUGGCGCCCACUUCGGCUUCUUACUACGACAAUGGAAUGUGGCACACAUCGUACGUUGUCAAGAACUUCCCUACGCUGGCACCAAGUGCUGCAGGACACCACUGGAACAGCACAUCGCACUGA